AUGAAGAAAAGGAGGAAGAACGGAAGAAACCCAGAAGAAGAAGAAGAGGACAAGGUUAUUGCAAUGGCUUUCUUAAGUAAAAUUGGGAAUAUACUCAGAAGACUGCAGACAAGCAUAGCAGAUCUGAAUUAUCUCCUUUCAAACUGUCUAUCCAGACAUACUCACCCCAGCAUCAGCAGAUUCCACCUCCAAAUCCUCUCUAACCCUUCUUCCCAGCAGCUCUCUCUCACCGAUUUAUCAUCAGAACCCCGAAAUUUGUGUGCUUCUUGCUCUUCUUGGACUUAUUGGGUUAAUUGGGGUUUUUGGUUGCAGUGCAUGGCACUUGGGUUUCCGAGGCUUGAGCCAGGGGUCAGGGUGGAGCUGAGGGAAGGGGACAUACUGAGGGUUGGUGGUUCCAGCAGGGAUGAAGAUGAAACUGCAGGAGUAGUCCAGCAACAAUCUGAGCUCGUCCACAUAUCUGAAAAGCCCCAAUCGUUUUGGGUGUUGGAGGUGUUUUGGGUCAACUGGCGUUGGAGGUGGUCUUUUGGUAUGCAACCCCAAGUCCCCAAACAAGGGCAAUCACUCUCUAUGCCGUUGCCAGCUAAUCAAUCUCAGCCACGUCAACAACUCUUAUCACAGAACAUUCAGAAUAACAUUCCAGCUGCUGGAGUUCAAAGUUCUGCUGGCUUAUCAUCUGCUCUACCUCCUUCAUCCGGUUUAACCCAGACUCCUAUUCCAAGUAUUGUUGGGCAAAAUCAAAACAUGCAGAAUAUGGGCCAAGGGGUACCCUCCAAUAUGUUUGCUACUUCUCAAAGGCAAUUGCCAGGAAGGCAACAGGUAGUUCCAAAACAUGCAGCAGUCACAAUCUCAAAUUACUCAAGUGCAAUCUCAUGA